GAAGGCGUCAUUCAGAGAGUCCUUUUUAAGAAAUCAGCACGGAUUUGGAUUAAAGCGUAAACACUACUAAUACGUCUGAAAGCUAUAAGUGUGUGGACAUCUCUUGACAACCUCUGCCACUUGCAUCCAGUGGAUCUCCGGUGUUCAUGCUGUCAGGGUGAUGGCAGCAGCCUGUCUUGUGCGCCUGGCAAGGUGCAGUGGUCUUCAUGUGGGUCGUAGUGGUCUUUCACAGAUGGCUAUUGUCCCACUCCCAUCCCAGCAGGACUUCCACCUCCAAUUCACAGUCUUCCGGAGACAACUUUACAGUCCUUCGGGACAACGACACAGCAACACGCGCUUCGACCCAGACAGCAGUGGCCACCCUACUACUUGGGAUUCAUUUGGCAUUUGGGACAAUCGCAUUGAUGAGCCAAUCCUGCUUCCUCCCAGCAUUCGCUACGGCAAGCCCAUACCCAAAGUCAGUUUAUCGAAGGUGGGCUGUGCCUCGCUCAUUGGUCAACGCAAGGAGAAUGAAGACCGCUUCCAGGUCUCCCAAAUGACUGACAACACCCUCUAUUUUGCUGUGUUUGAUGGGCAUGGCGGGUCAAACGCAGCUGACUUUUGUGAAAAAAACAUGGAGAAAUUCAUCAAGGACCUUGUGGCAAAAGAGUCCAAUCUGGAAUUUGUUUUAACAAAGGCCUUCCUUGAAGUAGAUAAAGAAUUUGCAAGGCACUUGCACUUCUUUCCAAAUGAUCCUGGGAUGAAUGCCGGAACCACUGCCACUGUGGCCCUGCUGAGAGACGGCAUUGAGCUGGUGGUGGGCAGUGUGGGUGACAGCCGCGCUAUGCUGUGCCGUAAGGGCAAGGCCCUUAAACUCACUGUCGACCACACUCCUGAGAGGAAGGACGAGAAAGAGAGGAUAAAGAGAAGUGGGGGUUUUAUUACCUGGAAUAGUCUGGGGCAGCCAAAUGUCAACGGCAGGUUGGCGAUGACACGCAGCAUUGGAGACUUUGACCUGAAGAAGAGCGGGGUCAUCGCUGAGCCUGAGACCAAAAGAAUAUCAUUGCACCAUGUCCAUGACUCAUUCCUGGCGCUGACCACAGAUGGCAUAAACUUCAUUAUGAACAGCCAGGAGAUCUGCAACGUCAUCAACCAGUGCCACGACCCCAAAGAGGCAGCUCAGAGAAUAUCUGAGCAGGCUCUUCAGUAUGGCUCAGAGGACAACAGCACAAUUAUCGUGGUGCCCUUUGGUGCUUGGGGAAAGCAUAAAAGUUCAGACACGAGCUUCUCCUUCAGUCGAAGUUUCAUGUCCAGCGGUCGCUGGGGGUAGUGAGUGGGACCUUGGAUGAAAAGGUGUGUUCUGUGGACCUAAUUAAUGUGUGCAAUACAAUCAAACAACAGUGCCCAUGAGGAAAUAUUUUAAAGUGUGGUUUGUCCAAACAGUAAUACCUAAGGGUUAUUUUGAGUAGCAUUAGCCUUUGUGAAGUAAGGGGUGGUGAAUUCAUAACAUGCGUUAAGGUGAAAAACAUUCUCUUUAUACAAGGUUUUAUCUUCUAGUAAGCCAAUAACCUUAUAGGUGCUAAACACUGAGAAGCGUUUGAAUUGCAGACCAGACUUCAUGACGUUCUAUGAACCAUCUCUUAGCAGAUACAUAACCUGGUUAACAUUUUAAAACUAGUAUUCCUCACUGUCUGCUGUUCAGAAAUGUCUGAUCUGUUUAUCUUUUCAUAAAUCCCAUGUUUGCACUUUUUUAUUCUCAAGGGUAAAUUUAGGGAAUAUUGCAUCUGGAUUUAAAUCUGCAUUCUUUCAUUUUGGACCACUUUUCAAUGUUAACAAUAGGACUACAUGCAUAGACGAGAGUGGGAAACUACAAUAACUGACUGCAUUAAUUUAUCAGUUAAUUAAGAUGAACUGUUUGAGAAUGCGAAAAUAUUUAAAUGUGAGGUUUUAUAUGUAAUGUACAACUUCUGAAGCAGCUACAGUAUAAUUUUCAUGAGCAAAAUAAGUUUGUGAUUGUUCUUAAUGACUGUGUGUCUAUACUGGAGCUUCCUUUUGGUUUAAAGCAACUAAAUUAAGAUUUUAUGGAAACGGUUAUAGUUUCUGUUGCUCUUUUUAAACUUGUCUCAUAAGGGCUUCCAAAGUCCUAUACUUUAUUUUAUUUUAUUUUAUUUUUUUUAUUAAAGGACUCCUGAAACGCACAGAUGCCCACUGGCACAAUUGUAAUGGUUUAAGAAAAUCCAGAAUGUUCAGUGAUUCUUGUGGUUUUUGCAAUUUAAACAUUACUCAAGCUUGUAUAGGUGUUAAUAUCUGUACCAAUGUCAAACGUCUUGUUAGGGCGCUGUGAAGUGUUCAGACUACAGAAAUGUACAAUUUAUGUUUUGUAAAUAAUUCUAUUUAUGUACAUCUGGAAGAUUCUCUGUUAACAUUUAGGCUAGGAAAUAUCUAGACUAAAGCUCUUUAUAUCAGAAUGUUUCACACCUACUGUACAGGACCUUUGUUUAGGUGCUUGUGUAAAGUUACAUAAUUUUGAUUGCAACUUGCUUACAAAUCAAUAAUUCCUCAUUUACGCCACUCAAAAAGAGCAAAGCUCACUUAAUGAAACACUAAAGAAUUGUCCAGCUAAGGGCCUUGGAUGACAAUGUAAAUGUUUGCUUAAUGCUUAAAUACCCUUCAUGACUAUAAAACACGGUCACGUUGUCUUGGCUGACCUAAUGCCAGUGGGCACAUGUCCAGACUUGAGUUGAUAGUUUUGUUCACUGUUGCUGUGAUCUUUUGCUUUGUGGUUUUUAAAGCUAGACAAACGCAAAUCAGUUGUUUUUCUGUCUGAGACUUGCAGGUGUUACAUGGCAUUUUCAUCUCAAAUAGCAUUUGUAAAUGUUUUGUGAAUACUGUUUUUCCUCCUACAUUCACAUUUACUGUAAUACUUUGUGUUUUUACUCAACACAUCCUCCUUCCAAGACUCUUCAUCUGUUAGUUUCCUUUCAGUGUGUCCAUGUUUCUUUGCUGCAUUUAUUUCACUGCCUUUCAAAUAUAAUCAUUCUACCCGAGGGCUUGUAUCGGGGAUCUAAAUGUGACUAUUCCAACAAAUGUUAGUACUGUAUUUUUGUUCUAAGUUGUGGCACUUAAAUUAAAAACUACACAUCAGAAAUUAUGUUGUCUUUGUAAUGAGGAAAUGUGUUAUGACAGGCAAGUUCAUUCCAUGAUUGACGUACAGUAUACACUGAUCAGCCAUAAUGUUAUGACCACUGAUAGAUGAAGUGAAUAAC